AUGGCCUCUGGUGUCGGUAUCAACGCUGAUGUGAUCGAGAAGUUCACUGAGAUGAAGAUGGGCUCCAAGCACAAAUUUGUGACCUUCUGCCUCAACGAUGACCUGACCGAGAUUGUCGUCGAGAAGGCUGUCCAGGACGCCACCUACUCUGACUUUAUCGCUGCCCUCCCCGAGCAAGCGUGCCGUUACGCCAUUUAUGACUUUGACUACAAGCUUGCGGAUGGUGGCCAGCGCAACAAGCUCCUCUUUGUUGUGUGGUGCCCCGACACUGCCCGCAUCAAGGACAAGAUGCUCUUCGCCUCGUCCAAGGAAUCGCUCCGCAAGAAGCUUGUCGGCAUCAACACCGAGGUCCAGGCCACGGAGCUCUCCGAGGUCGACUAUGACGAGAUCCUGGACAAGGUCUCGGCUGGCCUCACCAAGUAA